AUGUGGAUGCAACGUCUCAAGAUAUGUCUUGGCGCUGCAAUGGGGUUAUCCCACCUUCAUGAUCCUCAUGGGACACAACAAAGAGUCAUCCAUAGGGAUAUCAAGAGUGCCAACAUUCUAUUAGAUGGGAAUUGGAACACUAAAGUUUCAGAUAUGGGACUCUCAAAAAUAGGUCCCGCCAAUCAAUCACAAUCCUUUCUUGCAACCAAUGUAGUUGGUACCCCUAUUUACGUAGAUCCGAUGUAUGUCGAGACAGGCAUCCUAACAAAAGAGUCGGAUGUGUACUCUUUUGAGGUGGUAUUGUUUGAAGUGUUGUGUGGGACACAAGAUAUGAAUAUGAGGUCACAGGAAAUAUUUUCAGAAAUCAUGUAUCAAUGUUUGCUUAGAUCUUGUUCAAAAAGGUCAAAGAUGUCUCAGGUGGUGGAAAAACUUGAGCUUGCGCUUCAGUUUCAGCAGGGGAUUUCUAAUCCAGAGGAGUUUAAGGAGCUUGUUAAGUCGUCUAUGGCCAACGAAAAGGAAUAUAAAUGGCAACACGUAGUUCUCCUUAAAUGA